GGGCGGCGGGCGGCCGCGGGAGCUCCGGCGUCGCGCGCCCCAUGGCUCUGGACGUGAAGUCUCGAGCGAAGCGCUAUGAGAAGCUGGACUUCCUCGGGGAGGGCCAGUUCGCCACGGUCUACAAAGCCAGAGAUAAGAACACCAACCGCAUCGUCGCCAUCAAGAAGAUCAAACUUGGACACAGAUCAGAAGCUAAAGAUGGCAUAAACAGAACAGCUCUAAGAGAGAUAAAAUUAUUACAGGAGCUCAGUCAUCCGAAUAUAAUUGGUCUCCUUGAUGCUUUUGGGCAUAAAUCUAAUAUUAGCCUUGUCUUUGACUUUAUGGAAACUGAUUUAGAGGUUAUAAUAAAGGAUAAUAGUCUUGUGCUGACACCCUCCCACAUUAAAGCGUACGUGCUAAUGACUCUUCAAGGGCUGGAAUAUUUACAUCAGCAGUGGAUCCUCCAUAGGGAUCUAAAGCCAAACAACUUGUUGCUAGAUGAAAAUGGAGUACUAAAACUGGCAGACUUUGGCCUGGCCAAGUCAUUUGGAAGCCCUAAUAGAGCAUAUACACAUCAGGUUGUAACCAGGUGGUAUCGGGCCCCCGAGUUGCUCUUUGGGGCUAGGAUGUAUGGUGUGGGCGUGGACAUGUGGGCUGUGGGCUGCAUAUUAGCAGAGCUGCUUCUGAGGGUUCCUUUUUUGCCAGGGGACUCAGAUCUUGAUCAGCUAACAAGAAUAUUUGAAACUUUGGGCACACCGACAGAGGAGCAGUGGCCUGAUAUGUGCAGUCUUCCUGACUAUGUGACAUUUAAGAGUUUCCCUGGGAUCCCAUUACAACACAUCUUCAGUGCCGCAGGAGAUGAUUUGCUUGAACUAAUACAAGGCCUGUUCUUAUUUAAUCCUUGCACUCGAAUUACAGCCUCACAGGCAUUGAAAAUGAAGUACUUUAGUAACCGGCCAGGUCCAAGCCCCGGGUGUCAGCUGCCCAGACCCAACUGUCCCGCGGAGGCACUAAAGGAGCAGUCCAAUCCCGCCAUGGCAACAAAACGGAAACGAACGGAGGGCUUGGAGCAAGGAGGAUUGCCUAAGAAGCUAAUUUUUUAGUUACAGAGACCGUGGACAGUGUUUGCUAGUGAAGGAAAUCAUCUGAGAGGAAAAUAAA